AUGAGCGUAGCGCUGCAGGACCUCCGGAACACCAUGUCCAGCUACAAGCGAGCUACGCUGGAAGAGGAGGAGGGCUCCGACACACCGGCUGAGGCAGCCUCGUCUCCCGACAGAGUGGAGGUGGGCUUCAGGAAGGGAGGUGUGGACAUCCUGGGCCGCCGGACCCAGCUGGAGGUUUUGCUCUCCGUCAUGCUGCUGGCCGCCCUGCUGGCUCUGUUCGCCUGCCUGGUGGUUCUGGGACUGGGAUUCAGCUCAGACAGUGGGCGGGGCCUGUGCCUGUCGGAGGCGUGCGUCACUGUGGCCAGUCAGAUUGUGGAGGCGAUGGACCGCAGCGCCGACCCCUGCCAGGACUUCUACCAGUUCGCCUGCGGCGGGUGGAUGAGGAAGAACCCUCUGCCGGACGGACGCUCACGCUGGUCCACCUUCAACAGCAUCUGGGAGCAGAACCAGGCUCUGCUCAAACACCUGCUGGAGAACGGGACGUUCAAUGGCACCAGUGAAGCCGAGAGGAAGACCCAGUCCUACUACCUGUCCUGCCUCAACACGCAGCGCAUCGAGGAGCUCGGCUCUCAGCCGCUCAUAGACCUGAUAGCCAAGAUCGGCGGCUGGAACAUGACGGGUCCGUGGGACAAAGACAACUUCAUGGAGGUUCUGAAGAUGGUGUCGGGUCCGUACCGAGCCCAGCCGUUCUUCAGCGUGGGCGUCAGCACCGAUCCCAAGAACUCCAACAGUAACGUCAUCCAGGUGGACCAAUCAGGGCUCUUCCUUCCGUCCCGGGACUAUUACCUCAACAAGACGGCCAACGAGAAGGUGCUGGCGGCGUACCUGGACUACAUGGUGGAGCUGGGGACGCUGCUGGGCGGAGAGAAGAGCGCCACCCAGCUGCAGAUGCAGCAGAUCCUGGAGUUUGAGACGGCGCUGGCCAACAUCACCGUUCCACAGGACCAGCGCCGCGACGAGGAGAAGAUCUACCACAAGGUCACCAUCGCCGAGCUGCAGCUGCUGGCUCCAGCUGUGGACUGGCUGGACUUCCUGACGUUCUCCCUGGCUCCUCUGGACCUGAACGACACCGAGCCUGUGGUUCUGUACGCCAGAGAGUACCUGCAGCAGGUGUCCGAGCUCAUCAACAAGACGGACCGCAGUCUGCUGAACAACUACAUGAUGUGGACGUUGGUCCAGAAGGGCGUCGCCACCUUGGAUCAGCGCUUCGAGAACGCUCAGGAUAAACUGCUGGAGAGUCUCUACGGCACCAAGAAGAUGGAGUCCUGCACCCCACGCUGGCAGACCUGCAUCGGGAACACCGACGACACUCUGGGCUUCGCUCUUGGUGCUCUCUUCGUUAAGGCAACGUUUGACAAGCACAGCAAAGAGAUUGCGGAGGAGAUGAUCAACGAGAUCCGCUCUGCGUUUAAAUACUCGCUCGACCGUCUCAGUUGGAUGGAUGAUGAGACGCGACAAGCUGCUAAGGACAAGGCAGACGCGAUCUACGACAUGAUCGGUUUCCCAGAGUUCAUCCUGGAUCCCAAAGAGCUGGACGACGUUUAUGACGGGUAUGAGGUGUCGGACGACAGUUUCUUCCAGAACAUGUUGAACUUCUACAACUUCUCAGCCCGAGUGAUGGCCGACCAGCUGAGGAAGACUCCCAACAAAGACCAGUGGAGCAUGACUCCUCCUACAGUUAACGCCUACUACAUGCCCACUAAGAACGGCAUCGUCUUCCCCGCCGGGAUCUUGCAAGCUCCUUUCUAUGCCCACGACCACCCCAAAGCGUUGAACUUUGGCGGUAUUGGGGUUGUGAUGGGUCAUGAACUUACGCACGCCUUUGAUGAUCAGGGUCGGGAGUAUGAUAAAGAGGGGAACCUGAGGCCAUGGUGGCAGAACUCCUCAGUGGAGGCGUUCCGACAGAGAACAGAGUGCAUGGUGGAACAGUACAACCACUACACCGUCAACGGAGAGCCAAUCAAUGGAAAACAGACACUAGGAGAAAACAUUGCUGACAACGGCGGACUGAAAGCAGCUUAUCAUGCAUACCGAUCAUGGAUCCAGAAAAAUGGAGAAGAAAAGAGACUUCCUGCAGUCAACCUAACUAAUGACCAGCUCUUCUUUCUAGGAUUUGCUCAGGUGUGGUGCUCGGUUCGAACACCAGAGAGCGCUCACGAGGGCCUGGUGACUGACCCUCACAGUCCCCCCAAAUACAGAGUCAUCGGCACUCUGGCCAACUCGCCGGACUUCAGCCGCCACUUCAACUGUCCGAAGGGCACGCCCAUGAACACUGGGAAGCCCUGCGAGGUCUGGUAGAGGAGCGAAGAGGACCGGUGGUGGUGAUACGGAGAGGUUAAUCAGGUCAAUCGCCGCAUUGGCCGCUGUUUUAGUGUCUUAGAUUCUGCACGACCCCGUGUUGCGUUCGCGGCCCAUGUGUAAUCUUUAGUUCAUCAGUUACUCGGCGACGAUCAGACUGACUUCCUGUCUGGAAACCGAAUGGCGUCGUUGGACUUCAGAGACGUGACGGACCGAUGGCGAUGAAGCCGCUGGAGGGGGGCAGUGUUGCUGAUGUUUGCUUUAUCACCGUUAAUAUUAAUGGUUAUUUGUGGUUGUAUUUUGUACGAGAGAUCUCUGUAUCUUCGUCUAUCACUGUGAUGACCUCAUACCAAACUGGCCCAUAACUUCCCUUUGUGUGAUGAAGCUGUCGUUUGAUUGGCUGGAUGUCGGGAGGUGAAUGAGUACAUUUGUAAGAAAUCAGAGGAUUUAAAUGAUCAAUCUGUACAGUUUGAGGUUUUAUUAUGCACCAGAUCGCUUUAAUGUUUAAAGAUCUAUGUAAUGUUUUCAUUAAUCCCACUGACGGCCAAUUGAACGGACAGUAAUUGGCAUUAGUCUUGGCUUUAAUCAUAAAUGUGAGUUUUGCCUUUCUUUUCAUUGUCGUUGAUCCCCAUUUUAAAAUAUUUCAUUUCUUUUGUUUGUCUGUCACCUUGAAUCCAAGUGGAAUUAAUCACCAUUUUAUUUGUGACAGUUUCACAGUUGAGUCCUUUAUAGUCCACUCUACCUAGAAUUCAUGUUAAACUCAGAGGUUAGUGACUUUUAUUUCUUCAGCUGUGAGGAACAAUGUGCCAUGAUCCAGAAUGUUGCCUUCAAAGUCCAAAAUAAAGUGUUGAAAUGUUAAA